GUGGCGGGAGUGGAACUCUUCGCGCGCGGCGUUAGAAGCGCGCGUGCGGCUCGCCCCCUUUACUGUUGAGCCGGGAGGCUUCGCCUGAAAGGGUCAAGGCUGGAGGCGGGAGUCGCCGCUCGGACGCCGGGACAGCCCGCUAUGGGAGGCCGCGGGGCGCUUAGCCUGGCUCUGCUGGCGCUUCUGGGCGCAUCCACAGGUGGUGCACUGUCCAUUUUCCCAUCAGGAUCUCCUUUGGUUGUGAAUAGCGGGCAAGAAUUUAAGCUGACCUGUACUGACGGUGGCCCAGUGACCUGGCGGUUUUACAGCGCUGACCCCUCAGCGAGGCUAAAGAAUUUCAGAACGAAAGAAGUGCAUGUUACUCAAGCAAGACCAGCAGACACAGGAACCUAUAUAUGCAAGAACAAAAGAAACUUGAACAGCUCCGUUUAUGUUUUUGUUAAAGACCCAACGGUUCUGUUCUUUCACAAGCCCACAGUACUUGAAAUGGAAGACAGCGAUGCUCUUAUUGUGUGCCCAGUGACAGAUCCAGAUGUUUCGAAUUUCACUUUGAAAAGAUGCCAUUACAAAUCUCUGCCUGAGCAUAUGACAUUAGUUCCUGAUCCUCAGAAGGGAAUCACCAUAAAAAAUGUACAGAGAUCAUUUCUAGGUUGUUACCGGUGUGUGGCACAACAAGAUGGAGUUGAAAAAAGAUCGAAAGAUAUAACACUUGUGGUGAGACCAGUUCACAAAUCCUUACCAUCCAUCACCUUAUCCAAAACAAACCAACUUCUCAAAGAAGGUGAAGAAUUUGAAGUUACAUGUACAAUCAGGGAUAUAGAUAGUUCUUUGCAAGCUAAUUGGAUUUUUCAAGGCAAUGCGAAUCUUUCCAGCAAAAGCAAGAAUGUGCGUGAUUAUGAAUAUGAACAAAAAUUAACGCUGAGCAUCCGUUCAGUGGGAGUUAAUGAUUCUGGAGCCUUCACAUGCCAAGCAACCAAUGCUUUUGGAACCUCUAAUGUCACGCUAACCUUGAAUGUAAUAGGUAAAGGAUAUGUCAGUUUAUCAACUUCAACAAAUACAACACUCUAUGUCAAUGACGGGGAAAGUCUGGGCUUGGUAGUAACGUAUGAAGCGUAUCCUAAACCAGAAGAAGAAACGUGGCUAUACAUGAAUGUAACACUGCAGAAUUCAUCUGAUCAUUAUGUGAGAGUCACAAACAUAGACAAAAACAGCUAUUCCAGUGAGCUUCACCUUACGCGGCUAAAGGAAAUAGAAGGAGGUCUUUAUACAUUUUUUGUCUCCAACUCAGACGCCAAUUCCUCUAUAACAUUUAAUGUCUAUGUAAACACCAAACCGGAGAUUGUCACUUCGGAAAGACUUAGCAAUGGCAUGCUACUCUGUGUGGCUUCCGGAUAUCCUGCUCCUACUAUUAACUGGUAUGUUUGCCCAGCCACUGAGCAAAGGUGUCCAGAUUCACCAAAUAUUUCUCCAGCGAAUGUAAAAACCAAAUAUAAAGAUUCAACGUUUUCUUCCUUUGGGAAUAUAAUUGUGGAAAGUACUAUUGAUACCAGCAUGUUCAAGAGCAAUAGCACCGUCACCUGUGAAGCUUCCAAUACCAUUGAUAGACGUUCAGCUUUCUUUAACUUUGCCAUUAAAGAACAAGAAAAUAGUCGCAGCCUUUUCACUCCAUUGUUAAUUGGCUUUGGUGUAGCAGCAGGACUGAUGUGUGUUAUGGUCAUAAUCCUUGUUUAUAAAUAUCUCCAGAAACCUAAAUAUGAGGUACAGUGGAAAGUGGUCGAUGAAAUUAAUGGAAACAACUAUAUCUACAUAGAUCCAACACAGCUUCCAUAUGACGAGAAAUGGGAAUUUCCAAGAAACUGCCUCAGUUUUGGCAAGAUUCUAGGAGCUGGAGCUUUCGGGAAAGUGGUUGAAGCUACUGCCUACGGUCUAUUCAAACCUGAUGCAGCAACAAGAGUGGCAGUGAAAAUGCUCAAACCCAGUGCUCAUUUCACCGAAAAAGAAGCCUUGAUGUCAGAACUGAAGGUGUUGAGUUAUCUUGGCAAUCACAUUAAUAUUGUCAACCUGCUUGGAGCCUGUACUGUUGGAGGUCCUACUCUGGUCAUCACUGAAUAUUGCUGUUAUGGUGACCUUUUGAAUUUCCUAAGGAGGAAACGGGAAUCCUUUAUUUUCCAGAGGCCUGAAGAAACUGCUGUUUAUAAGAACAUUCUCUAUCAAAAAGAGCACAUGUAUGAUGCCACCAAUGAGUACAUGGACAUGAAACCCGGGGUUUCUCAAAUCGUCCACGCCAAAACCACUAAAAGGCUAGGGUCAUUGGCUAAUCAGGAUGUCACUGUUGCCAUUUUAGAAGAUGAUGAACUGGCUCUGGAUGUUGAAGAUCUAUUAAGUUUUUCUUACCAGGUAGCAAAAGGGAUGAGCUUUCUUUCAUCUAAAAAUUGCAUUCACAGAGAUCUGGCAGCAAGGAAUAUAUUGCUUACACAUGGACGGAUAACAAAAAUAUGUGACUUUGGCCUUGCAAGAGACAUCAGGAAUGACUCAAAUUACGUGGUGAAAGGAAAUGCACGGCUUCCCGUCAAAUGGAUGGCACCUGAGAGUAUUUUUGAAUGUGUGUAUACCUUUGAGAGCGACGUUUGGUCUUAUGGAAUUCUGCUUUGGGAACUCUUCUCUUUAGGAAGCAGUCCCUAUCCCGGAAUGCCUGUGGAUUCCAAGUUCUAUAAAAAUAUUAAGGAAGGAUACAGAAUGUUUAGUCCGGAAUACGCCCCUCCAGAAAUCUUCAACACCAUGAAGAGUUGCUGGGAUGCCGAUCCUGUGAAGAGGCCAACCUUCAAGCAAAUUGUACAACUGAUUGAACAACAGAUUUCCGACACCACAAGUCAUAUUUACUCAAAUGUUUCAAAUGGCAUUUGUAGUCAAGGAAAUGCUACAGAUCACUCCGUAAGAAUUAACUCAGUGGGUAGCAGCGCUUCAUCUACUCAACCCUUACUCACGCACGAGGACGUUUGAAAAAAGACUCAGCCAAUCUUGCUGGAGAAUGUACGGUUUCAAAAUGACAAUCUGUUGCUCCAAUGCAGGGGGUCUUCAAACUUGGCCCUUUUAUGACUUGUGGACUUCAGCUCCCAGAAUUCCUCAGCCAGCGUGCCUGGCAGAGGAAUUCUGGGAGUUGAAGUCCACAAGUCAUAAAAGGGCCAAGUUUAAAGACCCCUGCUCUAAUGGUUAGUAGGAGUACUGCAGUACUUGCUUUGUGUUGUUUUCUUUUUAAUCACAUACAAAAUUAGACUGCCCAUACCAUUGUUAACACUGCUUGCUAGAAUUUGUAUAAUUGCUAUGUUAUAGGCAAUUGUAAUGUAGAAUCAGAUUUUGGGAGUGGGAAAUAGUUUCAAAAAUAAGUAUGAGUUGUUGUUUUUGUGUUUAAAAAAAAGAGCAUUAUAUGAAAGGCAUCAGAAGUCCAAAAAGUUGAUGUAUUGAGCGUGGAAGAGCAAAUAUUUGAGCAAUUGCCAUUAUUUCCCAAAUCUAAAGGGGUUAGAAGUGAAAGCAAAAAACUGACAUUCCAAAUCCAAGGAGGUAACAGUUGGUUGAGAAAUAAAUCUUGAAUGAGCAUCAAACAGAACUUAUUCCAAGUAUGAAGUUGAGGAACUUGUGGCUGUGAAGCAAGCUUGUAGUCAUGGAUGUUAAAAUUGUAACUUUUUGGAGAACCACAGAUUCCCUAGCUUUGAGUUCCGGGAUUGAAAACGGCCAGUUCCACCUUGCUUAUGGCUUAGUUCAGUAUUUCCAAAUUUUUCACUCUAGGCCAGUGUUUCUCAUCCUUGGCCACCCGGCUGGCUAGCUGAGGAAAUCUGGAAGUUAAAAUCUCAAAGUUGCCAAGGUUGAAGAAACACUGCUCUAAGCAGAAAAUAUAUCACAUGAGAGGGACAAAAAAGAAUUUACCAGCCUCAUUUUUUCUUUACAGGGUUCAUGUUCUAACACAGGGGUCUUCAAACUUGGCCCUUUUAUGACUUGUGGACUUCAACUCCCAGAAUUCCUCAGCCAGCAUGGAAUUCUGGGAGUUGAAGUCCACAAGUCAUACAAGGGCCAAGUUUGAGGACCCCUGUUCUAAGAGAUAUAUUUUCUGUACCUGGUAGUACUUUCUCAUUGCUUUUUUGUCUUAUGUUCAGGGCUGCUGUAUCUGGCCUGCAACUACCAGCUGAACCACUAGGUGUGAGCAGAGAGUUUUAAGAGUUGUUCGUGACUCUUUGCUGCCAUUUAGUGGUUGUUCAGAAUUUGUUGCUCAGAUGCGGUAGUCCCGAUUGUUUCCCGCAGCAUAUACUGGGAAGAAAAAAAAUUGGACUGUCACAUGGUGGCUUCCAUAUUAACAAAGUAUCUUCAUCUGUAAGAGGGUGUAAAAAAAAAAGUGUAACAUCAAAUAUGGUGGAUUUCCUAGUCUGGUGAAGACAACGUCUGCUUGUGUUUCAAAAGCGAUUGUGAUAUAUUCUUUAUGUAGCUCCUGUAGAUUGAACUGAUAUGAGUGAAAAGAUGGCUUACUUGUUGAAUUUGUGCAUAUGUGUGACAGUGUGUAUUUAAACCAGUCAAAUAUAGUGGAUAAAUUCCAAAAAUUUAAUCAGGAGUGCAUUUUCCUAUACUUUGAAAAAAAUAUUAGAGGUAAACCAUUUCUUAGUUACAUCUGGGAACGUCUUAUUUACCUGUGUUGCUUAGUAUUUGGGUAUGUCAGCAUUGAGAAAAAUGACUAAUAACAUGUUAAAAUCAGAGUAUUAGCUGGUAAACACCAGUUAUCUAUGCCCAUUGGUAUUUUUUUUCCGGAAAGUGCAUCUUUCUCUCAAAUGCAAAACAUCCAGAAAAGACUUCUAAAUAAAUCUCCUAACAAAUUCUAAAGUAUUUAUUUAUUUAGAAUGCACUAGGCCUUCACAUCCUGUUAUUUACCUUUACUGUACUGUUAAACAUUUACAUAUAUUUCUGAUAAGAACAAUCAUUUGCCCUAUUGCAAUGUUAAUUAAACACUUCUCCAAAUGCAAGAUAAUUAAAAUCCACUCCUGAUGUCCUCCUUGGCUUAAAUACCAUUAGCCUCCGCUCUGUAAUCUGAUCUAUAAUUAGGUAUUCUUCUGUGUUGUUUAAGGUUAUAGCUACAGAAGUGGGUUGGCCAGUUUUAUAGACACUUGCACUGGAGAUGUUAUCCUGUUGCAUCUUUCCAAAUUUUGCCUUUGGGGACUGGCUUAGUCCAAGCUCCAGGCAUCCCAUUCUCUUCUGUGAAGGGAAUAGACUUUCUAUGAGUACUAGGUUCUCCUUGCAACAUGCAGCAGAUCUCUGUAUUCUGAUAAAGGGGAAGAUUCUGCAAAUUAUUUGUGGGUACCUAAAAAAAACCUUACCUGCUCAACGGAGUCAUUGGACUGACUAUUCCAGCUGAGGGGGCUAGGAGAGCUAGAGGUCUAAAUGGCCCCACUGGAGAAGGCUGUCCUUAGCCCUGUUUCACAUUCAGAACACCUACAAGGCAUCUGGUGGUCAACCGUUGACAUUUUCCAAUCUGUACAAGAAGGCGUGAAAAGGAUUCUCCUCCUUGGGUAACUCAACACUGGUAGGCUUGGAAAUGUAGGAUUGGAAACCUUGAAAAUGGAUUCCCCACUGCAUGGAAGAAUCUACCUAUUCCCUGGAUAAGGACAGCACAGGUUUCUCCAUCCGUGCUCCUCACUGCGUAAGGCAGUGUUUCUCAACCUUGACAAUGUUAAGGCAUGUGGACUUCAACUCCCAGAAUUCCACAGCCAGCGUUGCUGGCUGUGGAAUUCUGGGAGUUGGAAGUCCACAUGCCUUAACAUUGCCAAGGUUGAGAAACACUGGCGUAAGGGUAGAGAAUGGGACUGCAGAAGAAAUUCUGUUGUCUUAUUUCUCUUGACUUUCGCCCGUUCGGCCAGUUCUAUGCAAUUUGAAUGGGAUACAGUCCUGUAUGCCAUCUUGAGAUUCCCAAAUUACAAGGACAGCAAAAUUCGCAUUUAUUCAAGAUGUGAAUGCAUCUUUCCUACAGACCUCCCAGGAGUCAGAAAGACUAGGACAGGGGUAGGCCACCUUGGCUCUUUUAUGACUCGUGGACUUCAACUCCCAGAAUUCCUGAGCCAGCCAUGCUGAGGGGAAAGGGAGAGGUUUCCAAGCUGAGCCAUGCUGGCUCAGGAAUUCUGGGAGUUGAAGUCCACGAGUCAUAAAAGAGCCAAGGUUGCCUACCCCCGGACUAGGAGCAGAACCAUAUUUUGCCCAGAUAUAAUCAUCCCACAUGAAAACAAGGGAGCGUUUUUGUUGAGUGUGCAGGAGACAGAGAGAUGAUAGGAUAUUUUCUCCAAGUUCAAUGUAUAUUUCUGUACAGAAAAUGAAAACAGGGCUUCUGUCAUACUUUAUCUUCCUAUACCUUUUAAAGCUACAAGGAAAAAAAAUGCUCUUCGGCUUUUAUAGCAGUUAUUUACAAAAUUGUAAUAAUUAUAGGCACAGCGGUACUUCAUUGGCACUUGGACGAUUUAUUUUUUCUUUUAAGAGUCUCAGAAGCUAUAUUUUUAUAAUUUUGUUUUUGUUCAAGUGUAGUUUAUUCAGCAGCUUGAGAUUUUCAAAUUUGUUUUGUUCGGUUGCGUUCUCAUGUAAAUGCUAAAAUGUAGCAAUAAAAUCUUCUCGACUCUUAGGUUCUUGGGUUAAAAAUAUUUUUAUAUAAAUAUAUAUAAAUAUAAAUAUAUGCACAGUGCCUGUAUGUAUAAAUACAUGAAUGUUUGAAAGUUGUACUGUUUAAAAGUUUAAAUAAAGAUGUAAAUAAGAUAUA